AUGGCACGCAAUCACGAGAAAGCUCAAUCGACGUUAUACCGCUUCAGACAAGUCCAAGCAGCCGAAUUGGGUAUUCCGGCCGCAAAUGCAAAACGACCAAGAGUAACGAAUCGAGUAACAAAUUUACGAGAAGCUGAAAAAUGGAGAGGAGAGGUACUUCGAGAAAUUUCUCGAAAAGUAUCAAAGAUACAAGAUUUUGGUUUGACGGAUUAUGAAGUUCGAGAUGUGAAUGAUGAAAUCAAUAAGCUUAUACGUGAAAAGUCAGCAUGGGAAAAUCAAAUCGUUGCUUUGGGUGGAGCAAAUUAUAAGAGAGGCAUACCGAAAAUGUUGGAUGAUGAAGGAAAAGAAGUACCUGGAUCACGAGGGUAUAAGUACUUUGGAAGAGCAAAAGAUUUACCUGGCGUAAAAGAAAUGUUAAAUCGAACGGCUGAACAGGAAGCAGAGGCAGAAUCAUUUCGAUCACAGAAGUUCAAGCGAUUUGCUAACCAGCCACCGGAGUAUUAUGGCGACCUGGAUGAGGAUGAUGGAGUUUUACUCGAAUCAGAAAUAGAUGCAGAGACACAAGCGUGGAGGCGAGGAUAUGUUGACCUACUUGAAGAAUUGGAGGUAGAAGCGAAAAGUGAAGAUAUUCCAGAUAUACCCAGACCACAACCAAAAAGCCUAAAAGAGCUAAGAGAACAGGCUGACAAUAAUAUGCAAGAGGAUAGCAGCGACCCGACAAAUCGAGCAGCAGGAGAUGCUGGCAGGGUAUCAGCGAUGUUCAACGUCCUAGACAGCGAUCAAUUGAAAAUGCCCGAAGUGCCUGAUCGAGCAAAGAUAGAACAAUUCAUCCUUCUGGCAAAGAAGAAAGCUUUACGAAAGCAAUAUAUUGGGCAAUGA